AUGGCAGAUGAAACAGUUAUCAGUGAGCCGCAACCAAGCCCAGCGCCUCGCAAAGGCGUUUGGCACCUCCUCCUCGAAAACCCAUACAUCUUUGGAUUAUCGCUUUUUGCCAGUUUGGGUGGCUUUCUUUUUGGCUAUGAUCAAGGCGUUUUGACCAUGGAGUCAUUCGCCACUAAAUUCCCCAGAAUCUAUCUUGAUAGCAGUUUCAAGGGUUGGUUCGUGUCGACACUUCUACUCUGUGCAUGGUUUGGCUCUCUGGUCAACGGACCCAUCGCCGACUUCCUGGGCCGCAAGGGCUCUAUGCUAGUGGCGGUUGUCAUCUUUACAAUUGGUUCUGCAUUCCAGGCAGGCGCCAGUGAUAUUCCGAUGCUCUUUGCUGGUCGUGCUGUGGCCGGUUUUGCUGUAGGAAUGUUGACUAUGAUUGUGCCCAUGUACGUGUCCGAAGUAUCUACAGCUGGUAUUCGUGGCACCCUAGUUGUGCUACAGCAAUUAAGUAUUACCUUGGGUAUUUUGUAUAUCGGCGGUCAUCGAUGUGCGCCUGACAUUCCCUAUUCUGGUGGCACUAAAGACAAGCCUACAUUCGAUCCCAGGCAUGAUGUUGGCUCGGGAGGGUGCACUGGUCAAUCUGAUGCUGCAUGGAGAGUCCCCUUUGCCAUUCAAAUCUUUCCUGCGAUUGUGCUUGGCCUCGGUAUGCUGUUGUUUCCCGAGUCCCCUCGCUUCUACCUGAUGCGCCGCAAAGAAGACAAGGCCUUGAACGCCCUGGCUCAACUUCGCCGAGUCCAUCCUGACACAAAUUCACUUCGACAUGAAUACCUGGCCAUCAAGGCCGAGGUCCUCUUCGACGAGGCUGUCAACAGAGAUAAGUUCUCGGGCAAGAAGGGCGUCUCUCUAUUCAUCGCCCAGCAUGGUGCUCUUGUAUCCAAUUGGGCCUCCUUCAGACGACUGGCCAUCGGUUGCUGCAUCAUGUUCUUCCAGCAAUUUAUGGGAUGCAACGCCAUCAUCUACUAUGCGCCGACUAUGUUUGCCCAACUGGGUUUGUCUGGGGGUACUUCAGGCCUCUUGGCAACUGGUGUGUAUGGAAUCGUCAACACGCUUUCUACGCUACCUGCCCUUUUCCUGAUUGACAAGAUUGGGCGUCGACCUCUUCUCAUGUGUGGUGCCGCUGGUACUUUCAUCUCACUCGUUAUCGUGGGUGGUAUCAUCGGAGGAUAUGGCGCAUCUCUUGCGUCGAACAAAUCCGCUGGUUGGGCAGGUAUUGCUUUUAUCUACAUCUACGACAUCAACUUCUCUUUCUCCUUCGCGCCCAUUGGGUGGGUGUUGCCCGCCGAGAUCUUUAACCUCGGUAUUCGCUCCAAGGCCAUGGCGAUCACUACCAGCACAACGUGGAUGUGCAAUUUCAUCAUUGGCUUGGUGACACCCGACAUGCUGAGUACAAUUGGAUGGGGCACGUACAUCUUCUUUGCGGCUUUUUGUCUCCUCGCAUUCUUCUUUACAUACUUCUUCGUCCCGGAGACUCGCGGUAAGAGUCUAGAGGAGAUGGAUGCUUUGUUUGGUGAUACAGCCGCUUACGAAGAGAAGGCGCGGUUGAUGGAGAUUGCAUCUGAGAUUGGCCUUACCGAGGCAUUUCCUGACAGUACGAUUGACCUUGCCAGAAAGAAACCUGCCACAGCAGAGCACUUAGCUUGA